CGACUUCCGCUCGCCUCUGUUCCAUACGUUCCAGAUAUUUCUACAUCCAGGAUACAUUCCAUAAUCGCAGCCAGAGGUCUCAUACGGAGCGCGGUGUCCCCGGCAGACGUCUCCAGCGCCUUCAUUUCUAUCUGUCUGAGAAGCUUACACAGGCCUCCAGCCUGAACUCCUCCGCUCAGCACCGGGAGAGGCCGGCGGUCGGCGGCCUGUGCCCGGAAACGGAUUCUCGCGGUCUGUCCGGAUCUGAGCCCCCGCCCUCGUCCUCCUCAACCCCGGCCAUGGCGAAGAACUACGACUCGCUGGAGUUUCCGUUCUGCGAUGAGGUCUCGAAGUACGAGCGGCUGGCCAAGAUCGGUCAGGGGACGUUCGGUGAAGUCUUCAAGGCCAAACAUCGACAGACGGGGAAGAAGGUGGCGCUGAAGAAAGUUCUGAUGGAAAAUGAGAAGGAAGGGUUCCCGAUCACCGCGCUCCGUGAAAUUAAAAUUCUUCAGCUCCUGAAACAUGAAAAUGUCGUGAACCUCAUAGAGAUCUGCAGGACAAAAGUUUCUCCCACAGCGAACCAGUAUAAUAGAUACAAAGGAAGCAUCUUCUUGGUGUUUGAUUUCUGUGAGCACGACCUAGCGGGACUGCUGAGCAACACGCACGUCAAGUUCACCCUGUCCGAGAUCAAGAAAGUCAUGCAGAUGCUUCUCAACGGCCUCUACUACAUCCACAGGAACAAGAUCCUUCACAGAGAUAUGAAAGCUGCCAAUGUGCUGAUCACCAGAGACGGGGUCCUGAAACUUGCAGACUUUGGAUUAGCGAGGGCAUUCAGUCUUGCCAAAAACAGCCAGCCCAACAGAUACACCAACCGCGUGGUGACGCUUUGGUACCGACCCCCUGAGCUGCUUCUCGGUGAACGGAUUUAUGGACCACCCAUUGAUUUGUGGGGCGGUGGGUGCAUCAUGGCAGAAAUGUGGACCAGGAGCCCUAUCAUGCAGGGAAAUACAGAGCAGCAUCAGCUGACCCUCAUCAGCCAGUUGUGCGGCUCCAUCACACCCGAGGUAUGGCCAAACGUGGACAAGUAUGAACUCUACCAAAAGCUGGAGCUGCCAAAAGGUCAGAAGAGGAAAGUAAAGGAAAGGUUAAAGGCGUAUGUGAAGGACGCGUACGCUCUAGACCUCAUAGACAAGUUACUCGUCUUGGACCCGGCCCAGAGAAUCGACAGCGACGACGCGCUCAACCAUGACUUCUUCUGGUCCGACCCCAUGCCUUCUGACCUGAAAAACAUGCUUUCCACUCACAACCAGUCCAUGUUUGAAUAUUUGGCCCCUCCGAGAAGAAGAGGCGGUCACAUGCCCCAGCAACCAGCCAAUCAGGGAAGGAACCCUGCCACAAACCAAUCAGAAUUUGAACGGGUGUUUUGAAGCCGCCAUUUUUGGUAGGUGGCCACUUCAGAGAUGGGAAGGAUCUGUGCCGUAAAGCGUCGGCUGCCUGUAGAAAGGAGUCGCCCAUCGAAAGCGUCUUAAGUUAUCCAUGUAGCUCAUUUCUAGGACUGAUCCGCCACCCGGAUUCAUGCAGAGUAAACCAUGCCCCGCAGCCGGUAUGGACUCUUUCCUGUAUCAUGGAAGUCUAUCUUAAGGAUUAGCACCUUGGCACUGUGUGCCACCCUGAGCUGAUCUGCACGGUGUGAAUGGACGAGUCUUCCUCUUACCUAUUCAUGUUCCAUAGACUCUUUGUAGUGGAGGAGAUCUUCUCCAUUAAGGGUACUGCCUAUUAUGUCAUACGCAUGAGAAGAAACCGUUUUUUGCCUUGAUAAGUGUUUUUGAUCUUUUAUUACCUUAUCAUUUUUUUUAUAGGUAUGACUUGUGUGUAUGUAGGGAGAGUACUAUUAAACGGUCUC